AUGACUGACGGUGAAAGUAUAAUCGUAGCUGUUCGUGUGAGACCAUUCAACGAACGCGAAUUACAACGCAAAGCACAACUGAUCAUUGAUAUGCCCGAUGGUCAGCAUACAUCAAUUCGGAAUCCAGCCGUACCAAAUGAGGAGCCGAAAUGGUUCACUUUUGAUCACAGUUAUUGGUCACAUGACGGUUUCAUAGAGGAAGAAAAUGGAUAUUUUAAAGGUGUGGAUGAACGAUAUGCUGAUCAGCGGAAGGUAUUCAAUGAUCUCGGUGAAGGGGUACUGGAUAACGCAUGGAAAGGCUAUAAUUGUUCGUUGUUUGCAUACGGACAAACGGGGAGUGGCAAAAGUUAUUCGAUGGUUGGAUAUAAGAACAAUAAAGGGAUAAUACCGAUAGUAUGCGAGGAACUUUUCAAUCGAAUAGAUGCACAAUCAGCAAAAAACAGCGGCACUGAAUAUCAGGUUUCGAUAUCAAUGUUCGAGAUAUAUUGUGAGAAAGUGAGAGAUCUACUCUCUGAUAAACCACCGCCAAAGGGAGGACUCAAAAUUAGAGAGCAUCCAAAAAAUGGAUUUUAUGUGGAAGACUUGUCAGUGGUACCCGUGAAUUCAUACAAAGAAAUCGAACAGAAAAUGGACGAGGGCACCAAGCAGAGGACGAUCGCUGCAACUGACAUGAACGCUACGAGUAGCAGGUUUAACGUUCUUGUUUUUAGAGCUCAUACAAUUGUUAAAAUUCAAUUCAAUCAAAAAUCGCAGAAACCUGGUGGAGGGACAACAACGAAGACGUCACAGAUUAAUCUCGUCGAUCUGGCUGGAAGGCAGUUUUCGAUUUUAUCGUUGAUUUCAAUUUUGCUGCAGAGAGUGCAUAGAACAAGUUUCAGCGAACGUCAAAAAGACGCAGCUUCAGAGGGUGAUCGUCUUAAGGAGGGCAUCGUUAUCAAUCAGUCCCUGUCAGCGCUCGGUCGUGUCAUCAAGGCUCUUUAUGAACAACAAGGAAAAAAGAGAAAAGGCAUUUCGAUUCCAUACCGAGAUUCAGUCUUAACAUCGUUACUCAAAAACGCACUUGGAGGUAACAGCAAGACAAUUAUGAUCGCUGCAAUAUCACCAGCAGAUCUGAAUUAUGAGGAGACGUUAUCGACACUUCGAUUUGCGGAUCGUGCGAAAUCAAUCAAAACACAGGCGAUUAUCAACGAGUCUGCAACCGAGCGAAUGAUACGUGAACUGAAAGAAGAGAAUGCACGACUGCUGGAAAUGAUUCAAUCGGACAAAAAGGACCCUCAUUCACUCACAUUACUUUCUCAUGAGCAGGAUGAAGUGGAAGCGUUGAAAAAGCAACUCGAAGAGAAUCAAAAGGAAAUGGAACAACUGCAGAAGACGUGGCAACAGCGUCUCGAUGAACAGAAGCAGAAAGGCAAUAUGAGUGACGAAAGAUCGACGAUAAGCGAAAGACGUCUAGUGGAACCGCAUUUAUGGAACUUGAACGAAGAUCCAGCAUUGACCGAUAUGAUCGUUUACUUCAUCGGGACCGGUCAAUUUGAAGGAAGCGAGUCGUCAGCAGAUAUACAGCUGAACGGCUUGAACAUCCAAGCGCAACAUGCGACAUUCACGAAUAAAAACAACAAAAAAGUGACACUAACACCAGUGAACGGUGCCGAAGUGCUGGUCAACGGCAAACCGAUUCACUCUCAAGUGCUACUUCAGACAAACGACCGGAUAUUCUUCGGUGGCAAUCAUCUUUAUGUGUUCGUGAAUCCGAAUAAGAAGAGGAAGGAUGACAACGUGAAAAUCACGUACGAUAUGGCUCAAAAAGAGAUUGCAAAGAAUUCUGGAUUGACGGCUGCGUUUGCAAAUGCGGAUAAUGAAAAUAAAUCACCAGGUGAGAAGAAAUAUCGAUGGAGAGAUGCAUUUGAUGAGAGUUGCCUGGAAAAAGCUAUGCAAAUAAGCUUAAUGAAGAAAAGUGUUAAUUUUCCAGCUGAACUCAUCCUUGAAGAAGAUCUAAUAAAUUUACUACCGAACGUAUAUCGAGCGAAUUCGAUGAGCAAAGAGCUGAACCGAAAUGUCACUUUCGAAAUUGUUCUCGUCGCACCUGAAGCACGUGGCCUUAUCGAUGGUCUCACUGAGAUAUGGAUUAAAGUUUAUGAAGCUGCUGACGAUACACAUUUUCUGUGGGAGAAGAAUCGUUUCAUGAAUCGAUAUUACGGAAUGCAGGAAAUGUAUCAAAAUUUCGUUGAGGGAGACACCGAUUGGGAUGUUCCCAAAGAGCGCGAUCCUUUUUAUGAACCACCAGAAAGUGAUGUGCUGAUUGGAUUCUCAACAGUAUAUUUACAAAGUCUCGCUUAUCUGGUUGAACACGAAGAGCAGUUACCAAUAUUUGACUUUGAUGGUCAAGAUUUGGGACGGUUAGAUGUGGCCAUUAUACCGUCGACGACGGCUGGCAAAGACAUUCUGGGGGAAUAUGUUGAGGACCCGAUCGAACUGGUUGGAAAGAAUCUUUCGUUCAAAGUCAGAAUACAUGCAGCCGUUGGAUUGCCACGUAGAGUCGAUUCGUCAUUUUGUAAGUAUCGAUUUUUCGAUCGCCCCGAAACAGUAACGAAUUCAGUAAGAGAAGUGAACGCAGCAUACGCACAUGAAACCGCAUUCACUUAUCGACCAGUCACCAAAGAGUUGGUCAACUACCUAAAGGAAGGCUCAUUGAAUAUCACAAUUUGGGGCACUCAAAAAAGUCGGAAAAUGUCACAGCGCUCUUCCGCAUCCUCGCCACCGAAGCGAACGAUCGUUAGCAGUGAUACUGCUAACGAUAAGUUGGUUCGUUUCGUUCACUUGCACUCAUAA